AUCCGACACAAGAUUUGACAUUAACUUCUUUUUUCUUUACAACAACAUAACUUUUAGAAAAAAAAGUUUCAAAACAUCAAACCUUCCUUUUACGGAUAUAUAAUGAUAUAGACCCAAGUUUAAGGAAACUUCAAUGCUUGUGUCUUCCUGUUACGUUAUAGGUUGGCUCCAUUUGAACUUAAAAAGGAAAUUCUCUAUAGUCGGUGCUCGAAAUUCGAAGCUGCGUUGACAUUACAAAAUAUUAAGAAUCAGCCAAUCUGAUACAAAUGUCUAAAAUUAUUCGGUUUGUAACACUAAAGAAGUAACGAAAUUAUUAUUUUUAGUUUGAUUCGUUUUUAACAGCAAACAACGUAUCAAAUAAUCCAUAUUAGAAAGCUGUGACCCAACGAAAGCACAUGCACCAUUAAUGAUCAACCACAUGAAACUACCAUCUCUCUUUCUCUUUGCGUUUCAUUUCCAGCAGCUAUAUAAACUAAUGUCACUUGCCUCAACUUCCAUCAACAGUAUUACAUCUGAGAUCUACAAAAAUGAAGUCUUCUUGCGGUACAAGGUUCACGUUCUUGGCUCUCUAUCUCUUUGCACUACAAUGUGUCUAUGCGGGUAGCUUCCACAAAGAUGUGAAUAUACACUGGGGUAAUGGACGUGGAAAGAUUCACGACAAUGAAGGCAAACUUCUUUCUCUUUCGCUUGACAAAUCCUCUGGAUCCGGUUUUCAAUCCAACCAAGAGUUUCUAUAUGGCAAAGCUGAGGUUCAGAUGAAGCUUGUCCCUGGUAACUCCGCUGGAACAGUCACAACUUUCUAUCUUAAGUCCCAUGGAACUACGUGGGAUGAGGUUGACUUCGAGUUCUUGGGAAACAUUACUGGUCAUCCGUAUACUCUCCAUACUAAUGUUUACACAAAAGGAUUAGGAGACAAAGAACAACAGUUUCAUUUAUGGUUUGACCCAACCGCUGGCUUUCACACUUACUGCAUCACAUGGAACCCUCAAAGGAUCAUUUUUACAGUUGAUGGCAUUCCCAUUAGAGAGUUCAAGAACUCCGAGUCUAUUGGAAUACAUUUCCCAAAGAGCCAACCAAUGAGAGUCUACGCGAGUCUUUGGGAAGCCGAGCAUUGGGCUACAAGGGGAGGAUUAGAGAAAACAGAUUGGUCAAAAGCUCCCUUCACUGCUUACUACAGAAACUACAAUGUCGAAGGAUGUGUUUGGGCUAAUGGUAAAUCAUCUUGCCCCAAGAAAUCCCACUGGUUUACGAAGAAACUGGGCAAGGGGGGUAUGAAUAAAGUGAAAUGGGCGCAAAGAAAGUACAUGGUGUAUAACUAUUGCACCGAUAAGAAAAGGUUUCCUCAAGGUGUUCCUGCUGUGUGCACUUAAAGUACUACUAUUGAUUCUUGAAUAAGUUACUUGGCAUUGUCUUUGUAACCCACAAGAGUUUUCUUUCAAUUGUUGCUCAUAUAUAUGUGUGCAUGUGUAAGAUUUUUAAAUUAAUAGUGAAUAAUAAACAUAUGGAAUCAAAAGUUUUCGUUACUAAAACUUUAACUGGCUCCACUUGAUGUGUGAAACUUGUAAAUUAUUAAGAGAGCACUGAGAAAUGAUCAUUACAAAAAUGACACAACAAUUAUUGGGACUAGUUUGUCAAAAUAAAAAUCUCAAAUAUACUAGCUUAGGCCAUCUUUAUCCCACUUCAAUUUUUUUUUUUACUUUUUGUCUGAAAAAAAAAAUUAAUUAAAAAAUGCACCAAUCGU